GGAAAUUUACAGAACAAGUGAGCCAUGAAGCCAAUAAAUGUAGCCAAACACAUCGCAUUCUUGAUCUGGACACUCCAUAUGGCUACCGGAAGUGACGUUGUCCUCGGAGUUCUGGGAAUGCCAGCGUUUAUUGAAUGUCAACUUGCGGUGUCUGAAACUCUCGUCUGGCAGAUUCAAUUUGGACCAAUUAUCGCGAUGAACGGUAAAGUCCUCAACGAGAACACGACGAAGUACGUUGUACAAAAGCAGACGGGAUUUAGGGAGAUACUUGUAAUUCAUGACGUCAGUUUGGACGAUGAUCGAAUCUACCAGUGCCAAGAGAUAACAAAUAGAUCCGCCAUAGAUGCAACGAAACUUAAUGUCUUGGUCAAACCAGCCGCCAUGAGACUUGUGAAGCCAGACCAGCCGCUACUGGAAGGUCAAAAAGCAGUUUUCUCGUGUGAGGCGGACCGAGCGAAACCACUUCCCGAUGUACGAUGGUUUAUAAAAGACGUACACGGCAAUAUAACGGAGAUUGCUGGUCAUGUCACAGACACAAUGUAUAUCAACUCUACCGGGACUCGCACGAACACGUGGAGAGUUAACGUAACACGUGACAUGUUCUUAACGUCACUCGAAUGCAACGUGUCAGUUUCUGUGUUGUACCAGGAGGCAAUGGUAGUAGACCUUGACAUUUCGCUCAUUCCUGGAAAACCGAUGUUCAUAGAUUUCGAUGGAAGUUUUGACGCAGGAAGUCCGAAAACUUUCGUAUGCGUUAGCAACGGAAGUAGACCAACUGCCACCAUUUCAUGGUCUCUCGAUGGCCAGCCAAUGGGGGAGUUUGAUUUUGUGGUCAUUCCGCAGUUGAACGGCACCUCCAACGUUAGGUCGACGGUGCGUCGAACUCUGUCACGUGAUUUCGACGGCUCAACCCUGACAUGCGCAGUGACAAAUAAGGUUCUCGAGGCGCGCGGGCUUCCUCCAUUGAUGUCUCACAUAACACUUCGAGCAUCUUAUUCACCGAAGGUUGAGGUUGUCACAUCAAAUGUGUUUGUGCGAGAGCAUGACAACGUUACGUUACAGUGUACCGUUGACGCCUUACCUCAGUUGAUAAGCGCCGUCUGGAUUUUCAACGGGGCCGUUGUCGACAAACGCCUGUACGGGAUGACAAACAACGCUACAUCAUUUCUUAUGACUCUUGUGAACGUAAAGCGCUCACCUAGGGACUAUACAACUCUGGAGUGCUUUGGAACCAAUGUCGUCGGAACCUCAGACGACCCCUGUACAUUUAAUAUACUUCCACGCAGUCCACCAUUGGCACCAGACAGCUGUAAUUCUACCAGUUACGGAAAGGACAUCACCAUACACUGCAAUGCGGGUUUUGAUGGGGGCUUCACGCAGCACUUUACGUUGAAGAAGAUGGCGACAGCGGCGACUCACAAGUUGGUUCAGCAAAUACAUUCCACGUAA